GUGAAGGAAAAGAUUCAAUGAAAUUUUUAGUUAUAAAUAAUUCAAUUUGUUUCGGUUCAUUAAAUUUCGAUUUACCACUUCGUUAUUUGCAUAUACAAUUAGUAAAUCAAGAAAAUUCUAUAAAUUUGACGCAUUCAAUUGGACGUUUAAAUGUUUUUAUUACAAAUGAAAGAUGUCGAUUCAAAAUUCAGUUAAUUGACAAUUUCGAUGGGUCAUACGUGUUACGUAUUCGUUUAUGGGAAUCGUGUCCGCAAUUAACGAUUUCAAUUCAAUCACCAAAUGGCGAUUUUCUUUGUAAUUCACCAUUUAUUAUCAAAAAAACUAAUGGCAAUGAUUUAUAUCCGGAAGAAUGCGACUGUCCCGAGUAUAAUCUAACAGAAUGGAUCAGUGAAGCAAAUUGCUCUCCUCAAAUGCAAUUAAUCACUGAUCUCAAUCAGUGGAAUAUCAUAGAUUUCGAUAAUAUGAUUGAUAUUGCAGAAAAAUCGUGGGGAAGCGUGGAACAAAAGCAUACUGCAGCCUUUUGUCAUUAUCAAAUUAUUGACAAUGAGUUAUAUCGGCAUUGUUACGGAGAACAUACUGGAUUUCGCAUAUUUACAGAUUCUAUUUUAACUUCACUGAUGAGAAAAAUGUUCUUACCGAAUACGCAAUUUUUUUUCAAUCUUGGGGAUUGGCCUCUUCAAGAAAAGCAGAAGAGUAAUACCGUAGCAUUUGUUAGUUGGUGCGGCUCCGAAGAUACAAUGGACAUUGUUGUUCCAACUUAUGAAUUGAUGAAUUCUGUAAUCGAUUCGAUGCAUUCUGUUACGCUUGAUAUUCACACAGCAAGAGGCGAUAUUCAUAUACCAUGGACAGAAAAAAAGAACACUGCUAUAUUUAGAGGACGCGAUUCUAAUAAAUUACGUUUGGAAAUUGCGAGAUUAUCCAACCACAAAUUUGUACUUUGCGUUGAUGGUACCGUCGCUGCUUAUCGGUUUCCUUUUUUGCUUGCGGGGGACAGCGUUAUUAUAAAAUCUAAUUCCCAUUAUUAUGAAUAUUUUUACUCGAUGCUUGAACCAAAUCUUCAUUAUAUUCCAUUUAAUAAAAGUUCUGAUCUCAGCUUUAUAAUCGAAUCGGCAAGGAAACAGGAUUUCAAUAAGACAAUCGCAAACAUGCGACAGUUUGUUUUCGAUCAUUUACAGCCAAGAGAUUUAUAUUGUUAUUAUGCAAAUUUUAUUCAUGAAUAUACCAAAAAACUGAAAGAUCUUCCAACAAAUAUUGCCAAAAAUAUGGAAAAUAUUUCACGAACGCCAAAUAAAAAAGCAUGUAGAUGCCAUAAAAUAAAGCAAAAAACACAUAAAACAAAUAAACAAGAUGAACUGUAA